AUGAAAUUUUCUUUUAGAUUUCGUAGUAGUCUUGAUCUUAAAUCUGAUCAUACAAGAACAGAAUCAAUUUAUAAACAAUUUAAUAAUCAUGAAAUAAUGUUUCAUGUUAGUACAUUAUUACCACAUUCAAAAAUUGGACGACAACAACUUGAACGUAAACGUCAUAUUGAUAAUGAUAUUGUUGCAAUUGUCUUUCAAGAAAAUCAAGCAAUAUUUAAUCCAGAAUGUAUUGCUUCACAAUUUUUACAUGUUUAUCUUGUUAUAACACCAAUUUAUACGGAUGGAACAGCUUUUCGAGAUUAUUAUUAG